CCCCGUAGGAGGGUCUUCUAUUACACUAAUGCGGAAAUUGAGGUUUUAUAAAUGUCUUAGGUUUUUUUUUAACCUGUUCGGGGUUUUCUUGGGUUUAGAUCUACUGUUGUUCAGCCCAGGCCAGUCCCUGACUGUUAAGUUAAUAAUAUAGCCUAGAUUAAUUUUGCAGAAAUCGGGAGACGUACUGACCAUGUUCAGUAGAUGUGAUCACUUUCUCUGUCUGUGUUUACCGGUGCAGUUUUUAACACUUCAACAGCAUAAAUCCUUCGGAGAACUGAAACGUGACGUCGGCCACAAUAAAGCCAUUGGUUGAGAGGUCUGUCUGACUGACUACAUGUGAUACAUUAAAAACGAGACUGCAGUGGGAUCAUAGGGUUCGGCCAUCUAGACCACCGUUUCGGAACUGUUGGGAUGCGAUAAAAAUGUGGAUCCACAGUGGAUCGUUCACUGUGUGGUUAAAAAAAUUUAGGAAAGCGUUUUGAUCGUGAGACGUUGGUAAACGGAACUUUAGCCACGUUACUGUGAGGCGAUACCGUCCGUGGCAUGCAGGGAUCGAGCACCAUGUCAGUUUCUGUUUCAAGCUGCUCUCCGCACAUUAACUUAGGAAUGCAGAUUCACGCCCACAACAGACGCCGGUCUCCGUCGGAGAAGCAGAUCUAAAAUGUCCGUGAGUUAAUAAAAACUAUUACAGUUUGCAAACUCCAGACCUCAUCCACCCUCCGCUUUUGAUUCUUUGACACAGGAGCGACUCGGAAACAUGCUGAGCUCAAUUAAAAGUAUCACAGUGAAUUACGACGCGGUAAAUGAAGGGAAGACCUUCUCCUCCGGGGACGUGGUGUCCGGCCGCGUCCUGCUGGUGCUGUCGAAGGAGACCAAGAUAGAGGGUCUUCGGGUGAAAAUGAAAGGCAAGGCCGAGGUUCGCUGGAGCGAGAAACACGGAGAUAAAACCCGAUACUACAGUUCCAAAGAGGAGUACUUUAAGCUGGAGCAGCUCGUCACUGGUCAGGAGAAGGGUAAUGAUGUUGUCCUUGCCGCUGGAAGCCAUGUAUUCCCGUUUACAUUUCAGAUUCCCCAAGGGAACAUGCCAUCUUCCUUUAAAGGAGCUCAUGGAAAAGUGGAGUACAAGCUGGAAGCAAAGCUGAGCAGGUCUUGGAGGUUACCGAGUAAUGCAGCCUCCGAGUUCACCUUUGUUUCGAAGCCGGAGAUGGGCGUGGCACACCUAAUGUCACCGCAGCAUGGCACGGUCACAAAGAAGAUGAAUCUCUUCACCUCUGGAAAUGCUGCCAUCAAUGUGAAUAUGGAACGGACGGCUUACUGGCCAGGAGAAGAAUUAAGGGUCACGGUGGAUAUUCAGAACAGCUCUUCUCGUAACCUCGCCCCCAAGCUCGCUGUGGACCAAAUUCUGAGUUUUUCUGCUGAAGGAAGGGCCAAAGUCUGUACACAUCGCGUCCUGAAGCAUGUGGGGGAGCCCAUUCCUGCUAACAUGCCGCAGACGCUGAUUCUCGUGCUGAAGCUCCCCCCAAAUCUGCCGGCCUCCAUACCCAACUGCAGAAUCAUCAGAGUGGAGUAUUUCCUCAAGGUUUACUUGGAUGUUCCCUUGGCCUCAGACCCUGAGGUCAAGUUACCGUUGGUCAUCCUUCCAGCUGAACUAAGCACAGGAGCAUUUCCGUACCAAACUGCCCUGGGAGGAUUUCCUUAUCAAAUUGCCCCAGGUGCUGCCCCACCCAUACCUGGCCCAGGAGGAUUUCCUUAUCAACCUGCCCCAGGUGCUGCUCCACCCAUAAUUGCCCCAGGAGGAUUUCCUUAUCAACCUGCCCCAGGUGCUGCUCCACCACCAACUGCCCCAGGAGGAUUUCCUUAUCAACCUGCCCCUGGUUCUGCUCCACCACCAACUGCCCCAGGAGGAUUUCCUUAUCAACCUGCCCCUGGUUCUGCUCCACCACCAACUGUCCCAGGAGGAUUCCCUUAUCAACCUGCCCCUGGUUCUGCUCCACCACCAGCUGCCCCAGGGGCAUUUCCUUAUCAACCUGCCCCUGGUUCUGCUCCACCACCAGCUGCCCCAGGAGGAUUUCCUUAUCAACCUGCCCCUGGGUCAGCUCCACCUCCAACUGCCCCAGGAGGAUUUUCUUAUCAACCUGCCCCUGGUUCUGCUCCACCACCAGCUGCCCCAGGAGGAUUUCCUUAUCAACCUGCCCCUGGGUCAGCUCCACCUCCAGCUGCCCCAGGAGGAUUUCCUUAUCAACCUGCCCCUGGGUCAGCUCCACCUCCAACUGCCCCAGGAGGAUUUCCUUAUCAAUCUGCCCCUGGUUCUGCUCCACCUCCAACUGCCCCGGGAGCAUUUCCAUAUCAAUCCCCCCCAGGUGAACCUUAUACAUUUCUAUCCUAUUGUAGUCCAGAUGCACCACCAGCUUAUGAUAUUUUGGGUCAGCAUUCACCCCAGUCUGUUCCAAGUGCCCCUCCAUCCUACAGUGACGCAAUCAAGUGUCCACCUCUAAAUGCCCCAGGCUCCUCUCCACCUCCAACUGCCCCAGGUUCCUCUCCACCCCAAAUGCCCCAGGGUACGUACCCACUUCAGGAUGCCCCAGAUUCAACUCUGGAUACAUUCAAAAGCUUAAAGAUUAACUAAAGCAAGGGCUUUUACCUUUUGUUCACAUUCAAAGCUUUAUUGUCUGAGAUAAACAUUUACUGUCAAUGAAUAUUUCCACAUGUUUCAUGGAGGUACUGAAGAGGAUUUUUGCUUCGCAAAAAAGGCGAAAACUGAAGAAUGCCUUCAGCAUUUGUUUUGUGUCCAGCUGUUACAGAGGCAGCGUGAACCUCGAACAGAAGUGGUGCUACCAAGUUCCUCCUGACAUCUGCACUCAGUGUCUCAGUGGCAACCUGUGUCUGUGCAUCUGUGCUUUGUCUUGAAGUCCUCUUCGGCUUUCAUUCAGUCAGUCUCUCUCUCACACACACAGGGCUGCCCAAACUGAGACGGAAACCGGGUCAGUGGUCCCUGGAUCAAGGGGGUCCCAAUAGGGCCCUCUAACUUCUUGACAAUUUUUUCCAGCAGAUUAUUUUAAAUAUUUGUUUCAGAAAACUCUAAUAUUUGUGAAUCACAUAAAAGCUGCUUGUUUUUUUAUCUUGCUAAUUUUCUUAAUGAGCAAAAUUUUUUUUUUACCUCCACAUAAUGCGAAACUGGUCCGGUCUCCUCUGUUAGUGCCACUCAAAGGAACUCGCAGUCUUUCCAGACGCAUGAGCAACACGUCGUUUUCAAGUAGAUUUUUGUUAAAUAUACCUGAAAUGUCGGAGACGUGAUUAAACCUUUUUAUAACUUUUCAUAAAUUUCCAGCAGACCCAGGAAGAUACAAUAAGUGGAGUGAAGCAGUGAGAUGGGAAAACUGGCAGUCAACUGAAUACAGGCGUUUGUGUCCAUAUGAUUUAUGUAUUUUUUAUGUUAUUAAAAUUAGAUUUCAGUUGAGUCAA